AUGACUUUGCAACAUGGUUUGCAGCAGCACACAGUUUUAGUUACACAACAUUUUGGACCGCAGCAGCAACAAUCGCAGCAGCAAGGAUCACAACAAGAGCAACAGCAAGGGUCACAACAGCAUGGAUCACAGCAUGAACUACAACACGAACCGCAGCCACAGCCACAACCACAACCGCAACCACAACCACAACCACAUCCACAUCCACAACCACAGCCUGGCAUAUUAAUAGUAAUAAUUUAA